AUGCGAUCUUGUUUCGGCGGCUGACGGUCGGUGAAUGUACUAACCAAUUCAUGUGGUAAUUAAAAUUAUUUUUCUCUUUGAAAGUUCGAAACAUAAUUUUAAGUUGUAAAAGUAUUAAACAUUUUGAUUACGUUUGAGUGCAGAAUUUUUGUCAACAACUUAAUUUAAUUGACCAUUUAUAAUGUCCGCGUCAUUGGCAAACAGAACGUGCGAAACGGCCGGAUGCGGUUCGCAAGCUAAUCUUCAAUGUCCCACUUGCAUUAAACUUGACAUCCCCGGUUCCUAUUUUUGCUCUCAGGAAUGUUUUAAAGGAAACUGGUCUACACAUAAAGCUCUUCAUAAAGUUGGCCAAAAUUCAAAUGGUAUUAUUGAACCAUUUAAUCCAUGGCCAGAUUAUGUAUUUACAGGUCCAUUAAGACCUCAUAGAACAUCUCCUGCACGUACUGUACCUGGACAUAUACAAAGACCAGAUUAUGCUGAUCAUCCAGAUGGCACACCUUUGAGUGAACAAUCAGUAAAAUUAUCAUCGCAUAUUAAAGUAUUAAAUGAUGAAGAACAAGAACAAAUGAAAAUUGCUUGCAAGCUUGGCCGAGAAGUAUUAGAUGAAGUGGCAUUAAUGAUUGAUGUUGGAGUAACAACAGAUGAAAUUGAUAGAGUUGUGCAUGAAGCAUGCAUUGAAAGAGAAUGCUAUCCUUCACCAUUAAAUUAUUACAAAUACCCAAAAUCAUGUUGUACAUCUAUAAAUGAAGUUAUAUGUCAUGGAAUACCUGAUAUGAGAGCUUUAAUUAAUGGAGAUAUUUGCAAUGUUGAUGUAACUGUAUGCCAUCGAGGAUAUCAUGGUGACUUGAAUGAAACAUUUUUUAUAGGAAAUGUUUCUAAAACUGCUGAAAAAUUAGUUAAUGUUACUUGGGAGUGCUUAGAAAAGGCAAUAAAUGCAGUUCAACCGGGUGAAAAGUAUAGAGAACUUGGUAAUAUAAUACAUAAACAUGCUCAAUCCAACGGAUUUUCUGUUGUAAGAAGCUAUUGUGGUCAUGGUAUUCAUCAAUUGUUUCAUACAUCUCCUGGAGUUCCACAUUAUGCUAAAAACAAAGCUGUUGGUGUAAUGAAACCUGGACAUACAUUCACAAUUGAGCCUAUGAUAUCACAAGGUAGUUGGCGGGACAAGUGUUGGCCAGACAAUUGGACAGCUGUGACCGUGGAUGGAUUGUUAUCGGCACAAUUUGAACAAACAUUAUUAGUUACCGACACUGGAGUUGAAAUUUUGACCAAACGUUUGGCCAAUAAUGGAUUGCCAUACUUCAUGGACAAAAAAUCCUAGUACAGAAUUCUAUUAUAUAUUACAAAAUUAAUUAAUUUUAACUUGUGUAAAAAUAUUGAUUUUAUUAAAUUGUAUGUGAAAGAA